AUGCCGGGCAGAUGCCAAUGGCAUGAUUUCGAGCUGCUGCCUUCGAGCAAGGGCCAUGCAUACUUCGAAGUUGACACAGGCUGUUUUCGGAGCCGAGCAGUUGUGCCCCUGAGAGUUGUAGACCCGGUGAACCUCAAGCGGCAUCUUGCUUUUCUACAUCCGCCAACCCCGCUGCAGGUGGAGGUUGCCGCAUUGCCCAGAUGCAGAAGCAGCUUUGCAAGCACGUCCUUUUCAGAAGAGGACGAGGAGGAGAAGGCCUACUGGAAAGUGGACUGCGACACUGGCAAGGUGAAAGGCUUCAAGUACAUCGAGCCGAAGGUGGUGCCUCUGCGGGGCGGCCUUCUUGGGGGCCUCGCCAUCGCGACGCCGGAAGAGGGCGCGGCUCCGAAGGGCACUGAGUCGGAGGAGGGCGACCUCGCUCCGAAGCCCGCACCACUGCCACCCUGCUUACCAGGUGACAACCCUUUCUGUGGCCCUGAUGACGACGACAAUCCAUUGUGCCAUCCACCUCCACCUCCACCGCUCCCUCCUGUUCAGCCAGGACAAGAGGAACAAGGCAAUUCAGACGAGCCAUCGCAAGAAGGGAAUGGCGACGAGUCGGCAGCUGGAGCUCAAGGUGAAGGUGCAGAGACACAAGAGCCGCCUCCUGCUCCGAAGGGAUUGUUGCCCAGAAUGAAAUGCCUGCCUGGACAGGAAAUACCAAUGCCGAAGGAGCCCUGUCAAAUCAAGCAAGGGCUCUGCUGCCACAAGUGCGCAACACGGGCAGACUGCAAGCUGUGCAUGGAGUGGAAGGAGGUGCUGGGUCAAAUUCCCAUUGACAUCGAUCGAAAGGCCUGGGCCGAGAACUUCCCCCUUUUUCCUCUUGCGUGUCCGACCUAG